ACGCAUCACCCUUAUAAUUGCUUUCUGUCGGGAAGAGCCUCUCUAAUAAUUGGAUAAACCUCUGAAUACCAGAUACAGUAAUAUGUGGUCCAGGUAUGAACUCUUAGCAGAAAGAACAUCCCAAGCUUGCUGCUUGCCGGUGCUUUGUUCAACUCACUUCCCUUCUUACUUCAUUCAUUCGUGAUGCAAGGCAGUUCAGUUCCGCCCGGUUUCGUGCCGUCAACAUCCUUCUUGCUCAAAAAGGUAGAAACAGUUCAAGGUUCUCCUCUCCCUGUGGAAGAAUCCGAGAAGUGUUCAACCCCGUCCGAUUCCAUCCCGAGCGUCUUCAAUGCGGACUUUCAUAAACAAUUUGCUUCGAAGAAUAGACCCUGGAUAGUAGAUGGCCUCUCCGAGAAAGAGCUGAAAUAUGAUUCCGACGACGGGUUUGAGUGCUUGUAUUCGAGACCUUUUCUUCCUAGCGGAGUGGUUCGAGGAUGUCCAAGCUGUGCCGAUUGCCUAAAGGUUGUUGCGAGGUGGCAUCCAGAAGAUUCACACUUGCCUUUGCUUGAAGAAGCUCCUGUGUUCCAUCCUACUGAAGAGGAGUUCAAAGACACACUUAAUUAUGUAGCGAGCAUCCGUUCACGUGUAAAGGAACAUGGAAUAUGCCGUAUCGUUCCUCCUAAGUCCUGGCAACCCCCACCCAUAGUUGAAGAAAAGAAAACAUGGGAAACUUCUAAGUUUGUCACCCACAUCCAGCACAUCGAUGAACUUGGUGAUCUGUUUAUGAAGAAAAGGCUUCAUAGAGCUCAUUUGAGGAUGAGACGUAAAAGGAAACGAAGUUCGAUUAAAAAUUUGAUUUUGGGAUCAUUCAAUGGAGCGAAUGUAGUGGAUUGCCAAUCUGACAUCUUUAGGUUUGAAUCUGGGCCAGAAUUCACUCUACAAAGCUUUAAGAAUUAUGCAGAUGACUUUAAGAGCCAGUACUUCAGCAAGAGCAACAUUAACACUGAUCGAAAUGUGAGUUCAACUGCAUCAAGUAAGUCAUGGAAACCUUCUAUUCAGGACAUAGAAGGUGAAUAUUGGCGAAUAAUUGAGAGCCCCAUUCAAAAACUUGAGGUGUUCCGUGCAGCUAAUCUUGAUGCUAGAGUCUUUAAAAGCGAAUUUACGGCCAAACGGAAUGGAUCGAAGAUGCCCAAGAGUUCUGUCUGUAUACAGUCAGGCUGGAACUUGAAAAAUACACCUGUGCUUCAAGGUUCCCUUCUUCGUUAUGAAACCUGUAGCACUUCCUCCAUUUUGGAUCCUCAGCUUGUCAUAGGAAUGUGCCUUUCAUCAAGUUUCUGGAAAAUUGAAGAGCACCACCUAUACUCUUUAUGUUACAUGCAUUUGGGUGCUCCACGAGUAUGGUAUGUCAUUCCUCAUCAGUAUCGCCCCAAGUUUGAGGAAAUUGUGAAGAAUCACUUUCCAGAAUCAUCAAAACAUCCUUGGUUGCUUCUCAAUGUUGCCACUCAAAUCCCCCCCUCAACUUUGAUUUCAGAGGGUAUACCUGUUUAUCGUUGUGUACAAUAUCCAAAGGAGUUUGUUCUUAUUUUCCCUGGAUCAUACCACUCUCAAGUUGAUUGUGGCUUUAACUGUUCUGAGGCUGUAAACUUUGCUCCAUAUGACUGGUUGCCUCAUGGACAAUUAGCUGUAGAACGAUAUAGCGAUUUCCGUAGAAAGACAUCAAUCUCUUAUGAUAAGCUGUUGCUUAAAGCUGCUGGGGAAGCUAUUAAGGCCCUGUGUGAACGCUUGUUUGUAAAUGAUCCUUCUGAUCAUCUGCAAUGGACUUGCUUCUGCGGGAAGGAUGGGAUUUUGGCAAAAGCACUCAAGGCCCGAGUUAAGAGUGAAGAAGUGAGACAAAAGUAUCUGUGCAUUACUCUUCAAAAACAAGUAAUGGAGGAUGAUGUUGACACUAGCACCAAAAGAGAAUGUGUAAUAUGUUUCUAUGAUCUACAUCUUUCUGCAGUUGGGUGUUCGUGCUCACCUGACAGAUACACUUGCCUUCGUCAUGUCAAGCUGCUCUGUUCUUGUGAAUGGAGUUCAAGAUGUCUUUUUUAUCGGUAUGAUAUGAGUGAGUUGACUAUCAUGGUUGAAGCUCUGGAAGGGAAGCGAAGUGCAUUGUAUACGUGGGCAAAAGAAAAACUAAGAUUAAUUCUGCAGCCCCAUUUAUCUGAGGACCAGAGAAGUCCUGACUCUACAGAUUAAAAGAUAAUGGUUUUUCUCUUUUUGAGUUCUAUAUCCAAGAGCUUUUGCAUACAAGUGACACAAAUACAAACAUGAGUGAACUUAAGGGGAGAUGAGAACAAAUCCAGAGCUUCAAGACUUCAAGAGCUUUCCCCGAGUGAUGCUGACCAUUAAUAUUGCAAGAUUUAUGUGUGCAUAAAUUUCUUGCAGGUCAGUGUUUGCCCAGUAGAUGGUUCACUUUCAGAGCCCAUUUGGUAGCGUUUCGAAUGAAAUUGAUACGUCUACCUUCAAGUGUACAUGACAUUUCCUUUAAUUUAUUUAAAUAUGUAUGUUUAAAUAGUCCAGGGAAAUUCUAUAUGGUUCCCCUGUGGUGUUAAGGUUUCUAUUUACUAGACUAAAGCUUUUCUAAAUUUACUUGGUCGUAGGGUACCCUUGUAUUUAAAGUGAAUUACACACAGUGCGCCCAAAUUUAGUAAAUUAUACCCUAAAUUUGUACUAACUUUAAGUUUCACAUUAGAAAUUUGUUUUCUUUCGUAA